UGUCCCAUCCAAAUUCGAGCUUGGAUUCAACUCCGUAGCAUGAUAGAAAUUUUUUUAUCUUCUCCAAAAAUUUCAAAUUGAUUUCUGACGGUCUCUUCAGACCCGACAAAGAUCCACCCGAACUCAGAAUUGGAUUCCCGUUCUUUUCAUUUCGAUUCAAAUUUUCGUUGAAUCCCUCUUUUAGUUUGUUCCAAAUCUUGAUUUCUCGCGCUCGGAUUGAGAAUUCGAUUCCAUGUCUACAGCACAACGGGAAGACGAUGUGGAAUGGGAACUAAUAAAUGACGACGGCUUUGUAUACAAGCGCAAGAAGCGGCCCCGCCUCAACUCCACCUCCUCCACCGCACCUCCGCAUCCGCCAGAUCCGGCGGUGGAAGAGAAGCAUCGUCGCCGGAGGAAGAAAAGGGCUCUCCUCAAACUCAAAGACAAGUACUUGAAAGAAUUCCGCCAGUGGGAACUAUUGUCGAACACCUUGAAGGAAAUGCAAGAAACCGCUAAUAUACAAACGCAGAAGCGUCGAGAAUUGAAUUCCACGAGUUGUUUUGAUGAAGCCAAUAGUUCAAAUCAACCGUCAGCACAGUCCACAUCGGAUUCCACCCACCGGCAACUCAUUGACGAGCUCUUCUCUCAGGCUGGUGCACAAGAGGCGAUAAUUCGAGACGUCUCGUUUUUGUGCGAUUUAGCAGAAGUUUUGUGCAGUGCCCAAGAGGAGAGAUUGAAGCAGCAAUUCACUGACCUUCCAAUUUGGGAAUCGUCCGCACACGAGCUCAUGGAAGCAUUAACUGAACAGUAGGUUUGUUUUAGAAAUUUGUAUAAUCUAUCCAAGAAUAUAUAUUAUUUCAACUGUAGGUGCAAUUAGGGUUUGUGAUUGAUCUGUUUCAAGAAUUUUGUUUGUGCUUAAGAAGGCUGCGAAGAAAGGGGUUAAAAUAAUAUCCAAUUCAUCUGUUCUAGUGAGAUUAGAAUUUGUAUUUUGUAAAUUUGAGAUGAAAUCUGGGAUUCCAAAGAAAAUAGUUAAGCCUAAGCAUGCUUGAUCAGUGAAUCUGAUAAUAUUUGGUCCUUACAUGUUUA